AUGGCUUCAGGCGGGCCGCAGUUUACUGAUAGAAGCGCCAAGGCGCUGACAGACGCUGCAAACCUUGCAGAACAAUACGCUCAUUCUCAGAUCCUCCCCGUUCAUCUUGCAGUUGCGUUGUUUGAUCCCUCCCCAGAUGAGUCCAAGGACCAACAGACGACGGCCAAUGCCUCACAAACCCAUGCCUCGGCUCCCCUCUUUCGGCAAGUGAUAGAGAGAGCCCAUGGCGACACUCAACUCCUCGACAGAGCACUCAAGAAGGCCCUGGUGCGGUUACCCAGUCAAGAUCCCCCACCAGAGCACAUCACCAUGUCGCCGGCACUGGCCAAGGUAAUCAGAUCGGCUACGGAACUGCAAAAGACGCAAAAGGACAGUUUCGUGGCCAUUGACCAUUUGAUUGUCGCCCUGGUCCAGGACGUCAAGAUCCAAGACUGUCUACGGGAGGCCAAUAUCCCCAACAACAAACUCAUCGAGAGCGCCAUCCAGCAGAUCCGGGGAACGAAGCGGGUCGACUCCAAAACCGCCGAUACCGAGGAAGAGAAUGAAAACCUAAAGAAAUUCACCAUCGACAUGACCCAGCUCGCCCGAGAAGGCAAGCUCGAUCCGGUCAUUGGACGAGAAGAAGAGAUUCGACGGGUGAUUCGGAUUCUGUCACGACGGACGAAGAACAACCCCGUCCUGAUCGGUGAGCCCGGUGUGGGUAAGACCACCGUCAUCGAAGGUCUCGCACAACGAAUCAUCAAUGCCGAUGUCCCCGCCAACCUGGCCGCGUGCCGACUCCUCUCACUUGACGUGGGAUCCCUUGUUGCUGGCAGCAAGUACCGGGGUGAAUUCGAAGAGAGGAUGAAGGGCGUGCUCAAAGAGAUCGAGCAGUCACACGAGAUGAUCGUCUUGUUCGUGGACGAAAUCCACCUCCUCAUGGGUGCGGGCGCCAGUGGUGAGGGUGGUAUGGACGCGGCAAAUCUUCUCAAGCCCAUGUUGGCCCGGGGUCAACUGCACUGUAUCGGCGCCACCACGCUAGCAGAGUAUCGGAAGUACAUCGAGAAAGAUGCUGCUUUCGAACGAAGAUUCCAGCAGGUGUUGGUCAAGGAGCCUUCGGUACAAGAAACCAUUUCCAUCCUCCGUGGCCUGAAAGAGCGAUACGAAGUCCACCACGGUGUGACCAUUCUCGAUGGUGCCAUUGUGGCGGCGGCACAAUUGGCCGCACGAUACAUCACCUCACGGCGUCUCCCUGAUUCUGCGGUUGAUCUUAUUGAUGAAGCCGCGGCAGAUGUGCGCGUCAUCCGAGAAUCCCAACCCGAAGUGCUUGACAACCUCGAACGCAAACUCCGCCAGCUGGAAAUUGAAAUUCACGCCCUCCAAAAGGAAACAGACCCCGCUUCAGUCGAACGGCUAGAGGUGGCGAAGCGUGAAGCAGCCAACGUCAAGGAAGAACUAGCCCCUCUCAAGGAGCACUACGAACGUGAGAAGACUCGAUCGAAGGAGAUCCAGGAUCUCAAGAUCAAACUCGACCAACUCAAGAACAAGCGAGACGAGGCCGAGCGGUCCAAUGAUCUCCAAACCGCUUCCGACUUGACCUACUACGCCAUUCCAGAUGUGACGGCAAAGAUCAAGCAACUCGAGAACGCUCGGGCUCAAGAAGAGGCCGAAUCGCGUGCCAGAGUCGGCGACAUGGGCGAUGCCACACCUACAGACGCUGUCGGUCCCGAACAAAUCCAGUCUAUUGUGGCCAAGCAGACCGGCAUCCCGAUCCAAAGACUACGCGCUUCGGAGAAGGAAAAGAUCCUUCACAUGGAACAAUACUUGCAGAAGGUGGUGGUUGGCCAGAAGGAAGCGGUCAAGGCGGUCUCCAACGCGAUCAGACUGCAGCGAUCAGGGCUUAGUAACCCCAAUCAACCUCCUAGCUUCCUGUUCUGCGGUCCUUCUGGUACCGGUAAGACGCUGUUGACCAAGGCGCUGGCAGAAUUCCUGUUCGAUGACCCGAAAGCGAUGAUUCGGUUCGAUAUGUCAGAGUACCAGGAGCGGCACUCGCUAUCGAGGAUGAUCGGUGCCCCACCGGGCUACGUCGGCCACGAUGCUGGUGGUCAAUUGACCGAAGCACUUCGACGGCGACCAUUCUCCAUCCUGCUGUUCGAUGAAGUUGAGAAGGCGGCGAAGGAAGUUCUCACCGUCUUACUUCAGCUCAUGGACGAUGGCAGAAUCACCGACGGCCAAGGUCGUGUGGUGGAUGCAAGGAAUUGUAUCGUGGUCAUGACCAGCAAUCUGGGUGCCGAAUACCUGUCGCGCCAGAAUGCUCCGGACGGCAAGAUCGACCCGACCACGAAGGAACUGGUGAUGAAUGCGCUCCGCAACUACUUCUUACCCGAGUUCUUGAACAGAAUCAGCUCGAUCGUCAUCUUCAACCGGCUCACUAGGAGAGAGAUCCGGAAGAUUGUCGAGCUGAGAUUGCACGAGAUCCAGAAGCGGUUGGAGGCCAACGAGAAGAAGAUCACCAUCCAUGCCGAUGAGGAGGUUAAGGAUUACUUGGGCGCUGCCGGUUAUUCCCCGGCGUACGGAGCCCGUCCUCUCCAGAGAUUGAUUGAGAAGGAAAUCCUCAAUCGUCUUGCCAUCCUCCUCCUCAGAGGCGCGAUUAAGGACGGUGAGACGGCCAAUGUGGUCUUGGAUGAUGGAAAGGUAGUGGUGAUACCGAACCACACCGACAGUGAGAUGGAAGAUGAAGAGAUGUGGGAUGAAGACGAUGCUGUGGCCGAGCUCGAAGACCGGGAGGGCAAUAUGGAUCUUUACGAGUAA